GCCGGGGCCAUGGAGCGCUGGACCGGGCGCGUCGCGCUGGUUACCGGCGCCUCCGUGGGCAUCGGGGCGGCCGUGGCGCGGGCUCUGGUGCAGCACGGCAUGAAGGUGGUGGGGUGCGCUCGUAGCGUCGACAAGAUCGAGAAAUUGGCAGCUGAAUGCCAGAGUGCAGGCUAUCCGGGGACCCUCAUCCCGUACAAAUGCGAUCUCUCCAACGAAGAGGAGAUCCUGUCGAUGUUCUCUGCCAUCAAGACCCUUCAUCAAGGAGUUGAUGUCUGCAUCAACAACGCAGGGCUGGCUCGCCCGGAGCCCCUGCUCUCGGGGAAAACGGAGGGCUGGCGGACAAUGAUAGACGUCAAUGUGAUGGCUGUGAGCAUCUGCACCCGAGAGGCCUACCAGUCCAUGAAAGAGAGAAACAUCGAUGAUGGGCAUAUUAUUAACAUUAACAGCAUGAAUGGCCACAGCGUCGUGCCACAGUCGGUGGUGCAUUUUUACAGUGCCACCAAGUAUGCAGUUACAGCCCUCACGGAGGGGCUGAGGCAAGAACUCAGAGAAGCAAAGACUCAUAUACGAGCUACAUGUAUAUCUCCAGGACUGGUGGAAACGGGAUUUGCUUUUAAACUUCAUGAUAAUGACCCUGAGAGAGCUGCUGCAACAUACGAGAGCAUUCGGUGUCUCAAAGCUGAAGAUAUGGCUAACGCUGUCAUAUAUGUCCUCAGUGCCCCACCUCACGUACAGAUUGGAGAUAUACAGAUGAGGCCCACGGAGCAGAUAUCAUAGCAAAUGAAGAAGACCAUGAGCAGCACCGUGUAUCCACUCCACUUCAAACCCUCUGGCAAUUUAGGGUUUUGUCGGCUGGCUAGCAACAUUUUAAUCAAGUACCAAGGAUCACGUUUGAAGAAUUCUUUUUCUCUCCCUCUCUCUGAGCUGGUGCUGGUGCUGAGCCAGUUUAAAAAGAAAUAGUAGUGGGUCUCUUUCUCCCCCACUCCUUUCUGAAACUGCUUAAGAGUAAAAUGUAUUUGAAAAUAAUGCAGGGAAGUGGUUUGUGGAAGAUUGUUGUCUCCAGGCUGGUUUAUUCUUCCUUUUGCUUUCUUUUCAAGGUUUGUUUGAUCUUAUUUGCUGAUGCUGUGUCUGGACAUAGGUGAAGUGGCACAAAAUGUCUGCCAGCUUCAGUGUGCUUAGGGUUUGAGAUUUUCAGUGGAUGUCAUGCAUGAAUCCAUCUAAAUUUUGGGUUUAUUUUCAUCACGUUGACUACUGAUGGUAAUGAUGCAUGUGAUAUUUUCUACUUCUUUUGUACUCCACUGCCCUAAACCCAGUGUACAAUCUCACCCACCUCCCCAAACACUCCUUUCCCAUUCACAUGAAUUAUGCCUGCCAAGUUUGAGGAAGUAUAAAUGUGUGUGCUUGCUAUUUCUCUUUCUUUCUAGGUAGGUAGGUAAAUAGUUGGAGGAAAAGUACCUGUACUUCUGCAGGUUAGAAUGAUCACCUAAGUGGCAUAGUUACAGUAAGAGUGAGUUGUUUGGUAUUUUUAAUAAAAACUAAAUGUGUGCUGUCUUGUGAUCACCUCUAUCCUUGGUAUCAUCUCCCAGCACUCUUGAUGUUUUUGUAUGUGAUAUUUGCAUGCAUUGACACUUUUCUGGAAAUAUUGAUCGGUCUUAGAAAGAUGUAUGGUGCUGUUUAAAUGCUGGUGCUGAUGAGUUGGAAAUGUUGAAAGUUUGUUUAUAUGCAGAGAUACAAACUCGGAGAGAGAGAGAGUGAAAUGAACCAUGCCGAAGCCGUCCAAAAUGAAAAGAUAUUAGUAGGGGCAUUUGCCUAUGAAGCAGCAGGUAGAAGGUCUGGUUCAGAUCUCAUACUAGUUCUACGCUGGUGCAGCCCCAUUGUUUUGCUCUGGAUUUAUUCGAACUUGAGAGAGAAGAGAAUCAGCCUCAAAGCUGAUACAUGCAGAGCUGGAGACAACUUGAAUUGUCUUAAGACUCUUGCAGUGUGGCAGAAACACGUCUGUGUGUAGUCUCUGCUGCAGAGUUAUGGAGCUGUUAAAGUAUAUGUUGCCUUAAGAUUGCAG